AUGACCAAAAUUGAUUUGGGUGAUAAAUUGGGUUUUAUUCAUUUUACAAAAAAUGUGAAACCUAAAGAUGAGAAAGUGCAACUUACUUUACCUAAUGGGGAACUUCGUGAACCCCAGAAGGAAGUUAAAUUGCUUGGAAUUACUUUGAACAAUCUGCUUGAUUUUAAAUCUCAUAUUUUGAAUAAAAUCAAUAAAGCAAGAAAAGCUGUUGGUGCUAUUUGGCAUCUUGGUGGCGUGCAAAAAGGUAUGCGAGGGUCUGCAGUCAGAUCACUGUAUAUUGCUUGCGUGAGACCAAUUGUCGAAUAUGGCUUAGAAAUUUGGCAUCACAAAAUUUUGAAAGGAGAAAUCCACAAGUUGGAAGUAAUGCAGAAUAUGGCUUUAAGAAGAAUUGUUGGUGCUUAUCGCACAACUCCUAUUGCGGUACUACAAAAGGAAGCUGGUAUUAUGCCAUAUAGUAUUAGGCUAAAAUUUAUGGUGGCACGAAAAGCUAUUCGUUUACACCUAAAUAUUAGCAAAACUAAUCCUAUUAAUGGUCAUUUGUUAACAUUGAUUGAGAAAUCUCCAAUUGCAAAGCUAACCACGCUUUACAUGUUGGCGAAAGAUGAUAGAGACUAUAUGAAUAAAAAGGAUGAAAACGAAAAUGCAAGAGGGUUGAACCUCUUACACUGA